AGUUCCUGUUACUACAUGUACAACUACUAGUAUGCCUUUUGUAGGGCAUGAGCUAAAAGUAAUAAACACCUACCUUGUGGUUUGCGGUUACCACGACUGAACUCGUCACCCCCCUUUUUCUGACGUACUAUCAAAGUUUAUACCUACAACUACCACAAACAACAUUCAUCCGCUGAGACUGCAAAUCCGCAACAUGGAUAUCAAAUCUCUCGUUCGCACCUCCCGGCUGUUCGCGCUCUUAGCGACGGCCACUCUGGUCAACAAGAACCAUGUCACAGCUAGGAAAGCCGCUUCUCUGCGAGGCCGAAUGGCGAGAAGCGGUAGUGCGAUGGAAAUAAGAACAUCUGCGAAGACCGGAAAGAGUAGUGCUUCUACGAGCAAUAGCAAAAAAAGUGCUCGACAAGAAGAAAAUCAUGCGGCGCAGCACACAGCAGCACAAAACCAAAAGUCAUCGAGCACGCUCACUAAGGUCAAUUUGCUACAGAAGCAGAAGAUGAGAAAAAACAAAGCAGGAACACAGAACCUUCAUCUCGCGGCGACCAGGCAGGAAGAGCAAAAAGCUGGCAGAACAUCAAGUCGUGCAACAACAUCAAAGCAAAUCCUUGGUUUGAACGACGAAGGCAGCUGCAACCUGAUUGCGCUUGGCAUGGAGUACGCGGACGAUUUAAUUCCCUUUCUGACGGAUGCCCACCGGUACAGAUUGUUGAAGGCGCUGAAACAAAGCAUGUCAACGACCCCGGGUACAAGUACAACGAGCAAUGGAGAUGAUGUUGAGAAUUGUAUGAAAACUGAAUUGGAAGAUUUGAAACGAAAGGGAGAGGAACAAAUCAAGACCGAGAACGACGACCGAACUGCGAGCAGCGAGGAUCUGGCGAACGACAUGCGGGAUUUCCUGUUUUCGGUUGACACGGUCGCAUCAGCGGGGGUCGGCGCAUCAGCGGGUGAUACUUCUAUCCGCUCCCGGUACUCCGCGCUCCAAAUCCUGUUCGUGGACAGUGGCGAAGCGGGCGGAUUGACGGACGUGUCCGCCACCACGGACAGUGGCGCCGCGCACAAUUUCGCGUGCAAUCCGAAGCGCGUGUUGCUCAGUACGGACCUGCUGGAGCGACUCCAGACCGCGACGCUUGAGUCCGACACCGCCGGCUUUUGGGCGGCGCUGCAGAUCGACCAGGUCAAGGCUUCCCCGGACUCCACCUGCGUCACGAUCGAAGACGCCCUCCGGUUCGGGCGGCACGCCCGGAAGGUGACGGUGGAAGAGAUGGCGGAACAGUACGUCGACUGGACCACCGCCGCGCCCCCGGAGGCGCUGGUGAUCGUUCUGAAACUGGGGCAGAUGCACUUUUUGCGGAACGAAGUGCCGUUACUGGGCUUCGAAGACAGCCACCUGAUGCUUCUCUCCGACCCUUUGGAAUCGAAGUCGCAAGCGGUGGUUUCCGGCGGGAUCACGUUGCCGGACACGGGGAAGUUUGCGGACUGGCUCAGGGUUGACAACGAGAACACGGUCACGGACGAAGUGAUCGCCUUGUCGGGCCUGGUCCCGAUGAAGGCGGAUUUGUUCCGGGACCGGUCGGAUGCGACCGAAAACCAGGAAGGCGACAACAUCGCGACCCCCGAGCCCGACCCGGACGCGCCGGACGGGCCCAUCGCGAUCCCGAGCAUCCGGGUGUUGAACGCCAACAAAAUUCUUUCGCUGGACUACGAGCCAGGGCGGCGGUUCAUUCCCGCGCGGUUCCCCAACCUGAUGCCGGACGACGGGGUCCCCUGCGAGCCGGCGAUUCACGGCGAAUUGGCUUGCGUGCUGAAUGCCGACCGGUGGACCGGAAGGGUCCUUCCGACGGAAUUUCUAUCGGUUUUCGACCAGAACGCGGCGCCCCAGGGGUCGGACGAGGAGGAUUUGAGACUCGAGUACGCCGCGCCAGGGGAUCUGGGCGGCGGGACAGACAACUGCGCGGCGGACUUUUCCUUUUUCGCCUACUCGGGCGACGGGAAGUGCCGCCACUACAGCCCGGCCGGUGGGUUUUUCUGCUCCGCGCACCAAACGGGGGCGUAUCUGGGGGAAAUCGACCAGGACGGGCCCUGGGACCCGAAGACGGCCCAAUUCCGCAUUGAAGAGCUUCUCGACAGUUUUGUCCAGGAUUUCAAGUCGGGAACCUGGCCCGACCGGGUGUUGGACGACCUCAGAGGUGCGACGAUCAGUGUGAUGCACAGCCAAGGGUACGGAAACAUGCUGAAGGGCGUGAAAAAAGCGAAGUGGGUUGCGGGACAAAGCACCAAGUCGUUGAUCGAACUGACCCUGAGCAGAAUUUCGCCGCAGCUGGCCCGCGGCUGGGAACGGGUAGACAAAGCGACCGGCGAACUCGCCGUCGGGAGGCGGUUUUCCCUGGCGGGUUCGAAACUCUUUCUCGAUGCGAACCGCGAGUGGUUCUUCGACAAGUACUAUCAAAUGUAAAAAUGUCUGGGUCUGGAAGGAUCCAAACUUGUCAUGCUAUCUUUGGAUUCUAAAAAAAUCUGUAUUGCAUGACCAGGAAGAGGAGCCCAGACUGUGCUACGUGGAGAGGGCAUUUGUAAUGCGGAAUAGGCAUCAGGAAGCCUCUCUGUGAUGCUAGGUCGUGCGUUACAGACAUUCUGGGUCAUGCAAAACACGCAUGACAAGUCAAGCAUCAUGUAAAAAGUAGAAGCAGAUACUUCAACAGCCGCGCAGCUAGCGGGGGGGUGACUCCUGUGGUCCCCCCCCACCGGCUGUGCUUUUUCCAAAACAUCCAGGAAAACCGUGUCGCGGUUCUUUUUUUUUCCAGCAAGUGGCUGGUGGGGGCGUAAUAUAGGAUAAGGAAGUAUGUAGGUCGUGAAUGUAGAAAAGACUAAGAAGAGCCGUGCUGGUAAGGUAGAAAACCGGAACUACUUCGAUACAUAAAUGGGGUCGUAGUUGGGUAUAGUAUUUUUUGGCUGAGAUAAAAAGAAAACAUCAUGAACAACGAACGCGGAAUCGGAGACAACGCGGCAAAGCGGGGGCAGGGGCGCGGCCUGCCAGCGAGGACACGGCAAGGGAAUCGGGACAAAUGGCCAGGGGCUCAAGACAAGUGCCAAUGAGGGGAGCCGCGCGCACCGUUCGAGCUACAGGAGGACGAGGAGGACUAGGCCAACGUGUGGAGCGGAGGGGGAGAGCGGGGAGGACUAGGCCAACGUGUGGAGGACCAGGGAUACGCGUGUGGAGCGGAGGGAGAGAACGGCUGCGAAGCGAGAACAAGUUGCUGGGGCAGGCGACAAGUUUAAAUUUGGUACAAAAAAAAACAGCACUCAGAUACCCGCGCCAUCUGCUUAACUGUGUGAAAUAUUGUGUCGGCCCGGUCCUGCUUGGUCGCAGGCCGGUGUUCGUGAGAUCAGAUUUCACAUGUUAAGUAACGCACACCGGCGCCUAGCUUAAAAAAAUGAUGAAUUUACAUGAAGAUGGGGCCUAAUCAAAAAAAAAAAACACGCAUGACAAGUCUCAGAAUCUUCCAGAGCCAGACAUUUUUGCAGUUGAUAAGUACGAGCGCAAGCUGUGGCUGGCGUUUGGGAAAAAGGGAGACAAAUACGACAGUGCGGAAGAAGUGGCGGGGAAAAUGAAAGCAGACGGAAACAAACCGCCAGCGGAUUUCGACUCGGGGUUGAUUGCGGCGAGACUGGGCGUGUUGUUCCGGGUGGACAAUGCGACCAACGUGUUUUUCAGCGGUAUCCGGUUUCGCGACACCGAUGUUACCUGGGACGAGAUGCGGGGCGUGCCCAGCGGCGGCGACUCCAGUCUGCAGCACUCCGGGGCCAUUCAUUUGAAAGAGUCAACGAACUUCAACCUGAAACACUCCGAAGUCACGAAUGUCGAUGGGAACGGGAUUCUACUCGAGGGGUAUGAUAGUGCACAACUCCCCCUCCCCCUUAUUUGUAUAGCAUGAGCGGCAAUACAAGCAUCAGUAAGAAUGCCGGUUUUCCAUGACAGAUCUGCACUGGAGUGUAGUGCUAUUUGGGCUACCAGAACUUGUCAUGCAAACAGCGCCACGAGGCAAGGGGUGGAUUGGGCAUUUUGCAUGACAAAUGAGGGGGAGGGGGAGUUGUGCACUGUCAUAAGGGGCGAAACGAAAACACCAACAUCCAGUUCAACGAGUUCUCUUUCAUCGGGGACCACGCGAUCGCUUUGUGGGGGAAAUUCUCGACCAAAAACGGAGAGGAAGUUUUCCCCGGGAGUCCUCUGUGCGACAACCGGGAGGGCUUUUCCCCCGCGCCCUGUGCGACGCGGAAUUCGGUGCCGGUUGACACAAAAAUCACAAACAACGUGAUUUUCAACGUCGGGUUUCACACCAAGCACGCCUCCGGGAUUUUCCAAGCCGUGUCCGCGAAGUCGGUGGUGAGGCAGAAUGUGUUGUUUAACGCGCCGCGAACGCUGAUCAACCACGAGGACAACGCGAUCGGGGGCUCGGUGUUGGAACAGAAUUUGCUUGCCAACGCGGUCCGGGAAACCGAGCAAAUCGGGGUCUACAACACGUUUGGACGGGUGUUUCUGAACUACGAGCCGAAGGAGUUCGGGUUUUUAUCUUCUUCGAGUACUUCUACGGGUGCAAAUGGCGAGGAGAGCAACUUGUUCGCGUACGACGCGGAGUCCGGGCCGACGCCGGUCCCGAUGCGGUCUUUGGUCCGGAACAAUUUUGUCUUCAACGGGAAUUACGGGGUCGCGGGCAUUGACAACAACGACGGGAGUGCGUAUCACCAGGUGGAGAACAACGUUCUCGUGAAUUCCGGCGGACUGAAACUGCUAAAUGGCCACGACAAACGGUGGCGGGGCAACCUGCUGUUCCCGAAAAGAAGCGUCGGUUUAGUUGUCCCCGAGGUGGCAGCUGUUGGAGUUGAAACGAAACCCGACGUGAAGCUAAUUCCCUGUGUCGGCGGGGGCCCUAGUACUAUUGAUCCACUCCGCUCGACUGCUGGUUCUGACGGAGCAUUAAUACCGAGCGACUGCGCAAAGGCGGACUCGAAACACCGGUCGUCGUUUGUGGAGAAUCUGUGCGUGACCGACAAUGUCGAACGAGACGCUGGGCUGUUGGGACAUCAAGAUCCUGGGACGACCACGACGGGACGUGAAAACGCAAUUCAAUCCGUCGAUGUCGGGUCGUCGGACCAGGUCUGCGAUUAUUUUCAUAGCACGACAGGAACAAAUUCAGAUUCUUCAUUUUGCGGCAAGAACCAGUAUGACACUGUGCGGACCAAGAUCCAGAUCGGGGCUCUCGAGGUCCACACGUCGGCCGCGACGGAAGGAAUUCGGGCGGCGGGGGCCCAGAGCUCGCUGAACGCGGUUCCGGUCGUCGACGUCGCAGCGGGAACCGCCGCUGGCCAGUAUUGCAAUGAAAAAUGCCCCCACCCCAUAUGAAAACGCAAAUUUGUGAUGCAGAUUUGUGGUCACGAAUCACCUUUAUCAUGCUACAAGGGAAAUAAAGAUGCGGACUGUAGUACUGGGUUGCGUGGGAAAGCUUUGCAUAUUCAGCAUGAGAGGAGGCAGCUGGAAGUGAAAAACAGCAUGACAAAUCGCCUGCAAACGAGGCCAUAGCUGCGGCCCUUGGCUGUGUAGCAAUACAAGUCGAUUUGUGUACUCAAAUACAGCAUCACAAAUUUCGUUUUCGAAAUGGGGAAGGGGGAUUUUUCCUUUUGAUAGCCAGACGGACGGGGCGAGUGGCUACGCCGUGCCCGAAAAUUCAGACUCGGACGGUGGUGGGCAGGCCGUCGGGGUGGCGCCGAACGAGGCGCCGAAGGAUGAAGCGGGGGAGGACGAGCAGGGGUGUUGUAGGUGAAAAAAUUGUUUUUUUGGUUUUCGCAGCUUGAAGUUGCGGUCAAUUGAUUUUUCGGGUAAUAGUAUUUUGCUUCGAUCAAGUUCAAGAUCAUUUGAAUUUCAAGGAAGUAAUGUAUGCCCCUCAGCAAGCAUAUCCUGUUUCAAGAAUGAUAUUUGUUCCCAACCCUUGAGAAUAUAUCACCCCAAGACAAAGUCAAAGCAUAUCCUGUCUCAUCUGGUCUACCCAACACCUUAUUUGCUUACUACCCGAUUUUGAUUUUCUGCGUCGAUUAGAUACUCACUUGUUGAAGGAGAUGGAUGCCUUUGCAACUUCGAGUACUAUAUGAACCGCUGCAACCCCUAUGACAAACACAAAACGCCAGACUUUUUUGAUUUUGAGAAUCCCGCUGAUCGUUUCAUAUUCAUAUGACCAGUGGCCGUGGCCGCAUUAGUUUCUGCAAGAAGUCACCUGGUCUAUUUCAGUUGUUCAGAAGUGGUUAUGAAGCCGUAAAAUCGUUUUCAUCAGAAUUAUGCGCACGACGCAGUGUAAUAAAAAUCGGAACGCAGCUUGCGCUUGGCUGUGAAUCAAUUC